AUGAGUUUGGAAGCCGUCGGCGAUCGAAUUCGCAGAGCCUCCACCGGCCUGAGACGGGGAUCUCGCGUGCGAAGAGUAAGUGAUUAAUUAAUUGUUAUGUAAAUACUCAAUGAGAAGAGAAGACACAUGCCAUCUUCAGCCCCGUUUUCCGGCGGAUUAUGCGCCCGCAGGGCAAAGAUUUCCUAAUGUUAAGAUAGAGCUAUAGAUCCAUGGUCAUUAUGUUCCGUGUUCAUGGCUUGUUUAAAGAUCUCUUUGCGGCUGUUUUCUUGCAAUGAUAACAUAUUUUUUCUUUAUACCAAGUGUAAUGUUGCCAACUGAGAAGCUCCGAUUAACUUGGAAGCAUGUUGUCACAUACUAAGGCCUGAGAAUUUUGCUUGCAUUUUGCAACGGCAGCCAAGUUUUUGCGAGAGAUUAUGUAAUAAGCGUCGACGGUCGGAGAAACGAUCGAAUAGAAUUUUUUUGCAUGUUACUCUGUAAAAAAUACUUUUUAAAAAUCAUAAUUUUAUUUUAAAAUUUUUAAUUUCUUUCUUGAAUUAUUGUCUCUUUUUACCUGGACAGUUUUCGUUUCUGCACAACGCGAUUAAAAAUUUUGAACACGUCUUAUUAGGAAAACACAGCCCAAAUUUUAUUUUUUAGUCGUACCAAAAUUGCAGAGUUCCACUUUGUUGCUUCGCAAUGAAAACGUCUUUUUCAAAUGCUAGAUAUAGUAUUACCGAGUGUCAUUGGCCAUGUAAAGGUAGAUCUCCCGGGUCCGUAAAGCCGAUGUAGUGAUGGCUAUAUGGCUGCUAUUUAUGGACAUAAUAUUCUUUCCGGGAAACUACUUUUUUCCCUACGUUCUUCCAAAUUCCCCCCUUUUCUUGAGUCAGGAAUUUAUUUAUAUUACAUUUAAUGGAGUCCUGAACCUACUUCGCCCUCCUCCGACACAUAUUCUCUGACCAGAAACCGGUUCAGACUUCGCGGGAUCGGAAACUUUUCGACAUUCCCACCUGUUUUCCCAGAUGAUGUUGGACUUGGGUGUGCAGGUGAGGCCAGGGACGGGUUUGUUUGGAAGUCCUUAAGAGCAGAUUAUAUAUGCCCUGAAGGCAGAUUCAAUUUCAUUAUUGGUUUUCUUUUAUUUCAAAAAUGAAUUCAAAGGAGUGCAAGUUGGUUGGGGGUCUUGGAACGGGUCAUAAGGCCGGAACAAGGAAGCUGUUGAUGAGCGGGGAAAGGGAGGUAGUUGGUCACAUCCCAUUGACCUUAUACUUGUCCAUCCCCCUCCCCCGUCUUGGCCUAUCCGCUUAAAACACUGCCCCAAUUCUGUCACCAAAAUGUCCGAGAGUUUUGUGUCGACACUCCGAAUAGGCCGAAUACCCAUAAAGUCCGUGGAAUUUUCACAGUGCUUUUUUUCGCCUGCGCCGCUGAGACUUCCCAUCUUUGCGCUUAUGACAUGCAUUUUCUUGCGAACGCAACGAGCGACGAGAUCAAGAAGAUUCUACGGACUUUAUGGCGCAAAUAGUAUAAAAUUUCCGGAAAUUUUGGCGACCUUUCGCAGGUCCAGAGAUCUUUUUUCGAGGGAUUAUCCAAAAUGAGGAGGGACUGCCAGGGGAAACCCCAACCUUUUAUCAACUUCUAGGCUAAGAAUCUUGGUUGUUUCUGCAAAGAGCGCCUUCAGAACCUCGGAGUGUCCGGCAAAGCCCUCAUUAGUUUUCCCCCGGCUUCCCCAGAUGGGAAUGUUAUACUAUAUUAUGUAUAUAUACAUUUACCUUGACCGCCUUCUUGUAAUUCAUUAUCCAUAGGACAUUUGGCCACAGUUUUAUCACAAAAUAAGACCAAAUUACAUGGCGUUGUGUUCCCAUGUUAUUUUUGGACUGUUUAUUUACCCUUCUGCAUUGUUGUCAUUCUUAGACUUUAUCUUUCGACCUCCCCAUCCUUUGAUAUUAUAUUACCCAUCAUUUGUUGAUGAGUAUUCUGUUCAUUUGGAUAUUAAGCAGAGUUCGUGUCUACUAUAUUACCUCUUUUUAAAGUCAGAUUACAGUGUUCUUUCUAUUUCCUUUCAUUCCGCCAUAUUUUGAUGUUAUUUUGGCAUCUACGACUCUAAAAACUCCGUUCAUUUGUCUGGUCUGUUUAAUAAAUUUUUUGAUUCUUUGAAUUUGUGUAUCGAUUGUCAACUUAAUCCCCUCCGUUAUCUAGGAUUUUCACCGGAGGAGUCGCAAUUUUCUAAUGAAUUUUUUUACUUUUUUUAAGCGCCGAUUUUGCUGACAUUAGUCUUGAUUAAUAUUCGAAAUGUAUUUUUGUGGAAGUGUAUGGUGUCAAUGGCCGAACUUCCGGCCAUUCGUCCAUUUAAGUGUAGAUCCGGUGUUAAUUUUGCGCCCUGAGGGCAUAAAUGGGGACUUGACAUGUUAUGACAAGCCUAGAUGAGGGGGGAAAAGACGGGUUUGUAAUUGGGAACAAAACAUUCCUUAAGCAGUAGUGUAAUUUCUAUGAGCUGUAGUCUAAGACUUCUUUGCCUUCUAUCUCUGCAAUGGUAAGGUAAACGGGCUCCAAAGCCGGAUAAAAUGGUCUUGUUUUCAUGGCCAAAUUCCUUCUCAAAAUGAAUCCAGUCCCUAUGACAUUUGACGGAAAACCUGGGGAAAUUAAUUAUGGACCAGACCCUCAGGUCACAAGCGUAUUUCUUCCUUAUCUGCACACCUUAUGUCGUUACUUAACCGUCUAAAUCUAAAGAUUAUCACCUCAUUCUACUCGUCCGAGACUCUCAAUGUUAUCUCGGUAAUCUCUAGUGUAAUCUAAACACAAUUGUUGUUCCUUUCCAACAUUCCUCGAAUAUUAUGUUCACCUAGAGACCACAUUAUGGGUAUUGUUACUUUGUUUUGGCAAUAAUCCUUUAACCGAAUUGGAUAUAACCUUAGCAUGGCCGGAUUUUAGGGCCAUUUGAGUGAUGAAUUAAUUAAUAGGACUAAUUGCUGGCCGCGGAUUUCCCUCUCAACAUUUGUCGAACUCUUUAAGCCGCUUAAUUACAACGCGUUUGAGUGUGUUUAAAUCUGCAUGCCGGUGUAGCUGUUAAAAUUUUUUUUUGUCAUUUUGUGGAGUUCCAAAGGGUAAUACAAAAAAGAAAGUGAAGAAACUUUUAUGGCAGUAGGCAUCUGUUGUAAUGAAAUCCGGUUGAUUUCAGGACGCAGAAUGGCACUCCGCCUCCUGUAAAGCGCCCCGUUCCAGUUACACUCACUUCGUCCAAGAAUCAGAAUCCCUCCGACAGCAAGUACAUCAGCCAAUAUACGCGAUCCAACAAUCCUCCCGGACCUCGGAAGUCCUCGAACACCCGGCCAUCCCUCGAAUCAAAGUCACCCAUCCACCUCGGGAAUCUCGGCGGACCUCGAUCUGUUCUCCUUUGAGAUUUACAAGGACAGUUUCUACAGAUUCUAUUGAUUCCCUCGAGCGACAGUGUUUGAGGGACCUCAGGUGGCAACGAAUGAUGGAAGCUGAGAUGCAACAGCAAGGGAAGAGCCUGCAACGACAAGUUUCUGUUCGAAAUGGGGAGGUUGGUAUUGUAGAGAAUGAUUUUGAUGAAGAAAUCAGUCAAGAAAUAAAGCUACAUGUUUUAGAAAUCUCUUCAAAAUACAGAACCUGUAGCCUCGACGUCGCUGGAAGAGCCCGUAUCUUCAUUCCCCCAUCUGGCCAGAGUCGGGAGAUCGAAAACUGAUCCGGGCAAUGAAGACCAGCAAGGACCAAGUGCAAACAACAAUGGGAAUCCUCGAAACGGCCUGCAGAGAUCUCCAUUAUCCCUUUCCAAUGGCGAGUCUACCCUCAAAAAGUCUGACACGGUGAGCUUUUUAAUUUUUCAAUUUUGAAUUAGUCUUAAAAAAAUUAAUUGUCACAAAAAUGAUUUCGACAAACUUGAACUAACAGGGAAAGUACCCCAAGCGCCACACUCUGAUUUUGGUGACACUUGACAAAAAUUUAGAAUAUUAGUGUUUCCACAAAAACCCAUUUUUUUUCCGCACGAAACUGACAGAGGUAUGGCUAAACAGUGUUUUUUUCUGUGACCGCUCUCUGCGUUUCGCGUACUCUCUCGGCCGCAAAGUUAAUCAACGGACGAGCUAAAAUUAUUAGGAAUUGAUACCAUAUGUGGCCUAUGUCAGACAUCUGUGCAGAAUUUAAAGAAAAUGUGGGCGUCACACUUGGGGUACUUCCGUUGUAAAAGAAAAUAAAAUUGUAGCUGAAAAGGUCAAGCCCAGACCUACUUCUGGACGGUGUGGCACGGAGUCGGAUCCUCAGUGAGGUAAUCGGGCUCUCCUGCUACCAACAAAAACUCAUCUCCCAAUGCUGGCCCAAUAUUUAUUCUACUGGUAUCAACGGCUCCUUUGCCUCCCAAUUAUAUGCCACUUUGUACGCGAAAAACGCCAAGGCCAAAGCGCUGAUGCAGAAGGUAUGUUGCUUUAUUUACAUCUUUUCUUAGUCUUUUCGCCCGCUCUCUUUUCCCUUAAUAACUUUAUAUGCAUACUAUACAUAACAUAUACAUAAUUAUUCAUGCGUGGACCUCCAAUUUUGAUGUCACUUUUUUAGGCUGAUGGUGUGGCGGUGUUCACGCAAAGCGAUGCUGAUUGCACGACCAUGCACACGAAGCUGACCUUAGAAUUAAUCGAUCGAAUUGUGAGGAAUCUGGAUGCACAUCCGGGUGCAAUUAUCGCUUAUUUGAAUGAAAUCGGACAAGUCCACCGCAGUCUAAGGACAGAAGGCAUUUCUAUCGCUAUGUGGGAUGAUCUCGGUAUGUAAAAAAUCGAUUUUUUCAAAUGAGUUUGAGUUUCUCAACAAUUUUUUUCAAACUUUUUUCCGAAUUUUGCUUACCAAAAUGUCAUAGAAAACCGAGACUCCAUAUAUUGGCAAUGACUUAUAAAUUUCCUAAUGUAAAAUAUUUUCUUUACAGGUGAUGCGAUUUUGGAUGGAGUUCGAAAGAAUGAGGUGGUCAGGAAACACAAGGAGCUCCGUCGAGCUUGGCUAGCUGUAAUCGCCUUCAUCACGGACAAUAUCAAGCAAGGCCAGUCCCUUUUCCGGUCGAGCCCAUCAACCGAAGGUGCCGAUCUUCGAUUUAGUUAA